CUGGAUUCUGCAAACACACAUUUCACGCAUCUGUUCCUUCUCUCACACAUUGCUUGUGACAUUUUCAGCGGCUCAUCCUCUUAAGAACAGGAAGACAGAAAGCGAGCAGGAGAUACGGAAGGUGUAAGGCCCAGGGAUGCCACAGACUGAGAGUGAGUGGUUGAAGAGUGGGCGGCUGAACAGUGGGCGACAUCAGCAGCAGCGAGAGCGGCGGGAUGAACAGGGAGAGGAGCCAGACGCACGUACCCAGCCCAAAGAUUCUGUCUCACCUCAGCUCUAUGCUCGUACCUCUGUUACGCAGAUGGGCUUCCCAUUGAUGAUUAGACAUGGAGGUCCACUUAUGGCCUCAUCUCAGCUCCAAAGCAUUUUGUUACAGCAGUGUUCCAGUGAGGAUGAGGGGAGACCGUUCCUGCAGCGGGUGUCUCGGUGCCCUCAGUUGAGCCAGCACAGACCCUCUGUUCUACGCCAGGGUGUCCAGGCUGCCCACGUACGACCACAGGCACCAUGCACUCUAACAGAGGCCAGUUCAGCUCAGCCCAUCUCACUAUACAAGGUGGAGGUGGACACAGGGAGCCGUGGACAGUCCUCUCCCCCACACUCUGAGCACUCUCCUGGGCCAACUCGUCACCCCUCUCCCCUGAGGACAGCUAGUGCUAAGCAGAGCUCCAUCAUUACCAGGCAUCAUGAGCCAGGUCACCCAACCCAUGGGGGGUCCAGUGCUCUGUUUCUCAAUGGACUCUGCUGCUGGCCAGGCUGCGAUGCAGUAUUUGAAGAAUUUCCAAGUUUUUUGAAACACCUCCACUCUGACCAUGGCCAUGGAGACAGAAGCAUUGCGCAGUGGAGGGUACAACAAGACAUGGUGCAAUACAUGGAGACCCAGCUGACUGUGGAAAAACAGAAACUCUUCGCAAUGCAACUACAUCUGCACCUAUCUGGACACAAAUCAACCUUCUUGAAGGCGGGUUCAGACUGGCCCUACAGCCACAGCCUGUCUUUAGGCCUGCCUCAGAACCCAGCCACAGCCCGGGCGCCAGAUGGAGUGCCACACUGCGCCACUAAAGAGCCAGAGGAGCUGGAGCAGCAUGAGUAUUUUCCCUCUGCUGCCCCCCCCCACCUAUGGCCAGAUCUUAUCCCGAGUGUUGAGUGUUACAAAUACAACAACAUCAGGCCACCGUACACCUACGCCUGCCUGAUAAGAUGGUCUAUACUGGAGUCUUCAGACAAGCAGCGCUCUCUGAAUGACAUCUACAACUGGUUCACCACCAUGUUCUUCUACUUCCGACACAACACGGCCACAUGGAAGAACGCUGUCCGUCAUAAUCUUAGCCUGCACAAGUGUUUUGUGCGAGUGGAGGGAGGCAAGGGAUCCGUCUGGACAGUGGAUGAAAUGGAAUAUCAAAGGAGAAAGGGACAAAAAUACCACAGGGAUCAUCAUGUGAAAUGGCUGUCACCCUACUCCUUAUUUUGUCCAGAGGAACCUUGAACAUAGCCACCCCUUCAGUGAAUGAAAAACUACUGGAAAAUGAAGUCACUAGGACCUACAGUGCCUUGCAAAAGUAUUCAUCCCCCUUGGCGUUUUUCCUAUUUUGUUGCA